AUGAAAAAUAGUGAGAAUCUCUAGAGUUAUGCAGUAGAAAAAAGAGUGGGCGAAGGUGCAUUUGCUAUAGUUUAUUUGGCCUCCGUCUAAGAGAGCGGAGAGAGAGUUGCAAUAAAGAAAGCUCCCAUUGAUAAGAAAUAUAAAAACAGAGAACUUGCAAACUUAAAAUUGCUGGGAGAACACCCAAACAUCGUUGCUUUGAAAGAUGCAUUCUACGUUGUUGGUUAGAAUGAAGAGGUCUAUAUUAAUUAUGUAAUGGAAUACAUGCCUGAUAAUUUAUCCGACUAUUUGAGGAAUCUCAAGAAACAGAAGCAACAAUUGACUCAAAUUUAGUUACAAAUUAUCACCUAUCAAUUACUACGAGGUCUCGCCUUCAUUCAUGGAAAAGGAAUGGCACAUCGAGACAUCAAGCCUCAAAACAUCUUAAUCGAUGGAACAACUGUCAAAUAUUGUGACUUUGGAUCUGCCAAAAUCAUUUCAGGAGGAUAAAUUAAUACUUCCUAUUUAUGUUCCAGACAUUACAGGGCCCCUGAGUUGAUAUUCGGAGCCACUGAUUACUCUACAAGCAUUGACAUCUGGUCGUUAGGAUGUGUCUUUGCAGAACUCAUCCUAUUAGAACCUCUCUUUCCAGGAGAAAGUUCAGUAGAUCAAUUAGUUGAAAUUAUGAAGGUCCUUGGAACUCCCACUGCUGCUGAUAUUGUAGAAUUCAAUGUUUCUAAUACAGAUUUUAAAUUUCCUUAAGUCAAAGGGCAUCCUUGGUCUAAAGUCUUUCUAAAAUAUAAACCAGAUCCGUAAUUCAUUGAUUUGAUUAAGAAGAUGGUUACUUAUUAACCUCAACAGAGAAUCAAACCCUUUAUGGCCUUAAUGCAUCCCUUCUUCAAUGAUUUGAGAGAAUUGAAAAACGAAGAAGUCCCAAACAAACUAUGGCAAUUCACUCCAGAAGAAGAGAACAUAUUCGGAAAACAACCAUUAAAACAUUUGAUGCCCUCAUGGUGGAAAGGUGGAAGAUGA